CUCAAGUAGAAGCACUUCGUUAGUAAACAUUUCGUUAGUGUCCUCUGAACAGUUGUCCACCGCUAUCUACAAACAAUAUAUAAGUUCUUAAAGCUUAAGCUUUCGAGUUUCAUAAGUUAUUUUCAAAAAUUAUUACUUGUAAAAAGAACGUCGCUAAACGUCAAUUACAUACAUACACGCACACACACACACACGCAUACUGCAUUGAGAGUGCAAGAGGAUAUGGCAGAGUAUAUGGCAGAGGAUAUGGAAAAAGACAUGGAAGAGGAGACAGAUAAAUUGCUACCUCCGCUUUCACAUUAUAACAACUUUUUCCAUCCUAAUCUUUGUCAUGUCUGUAAGUCGACAGACCAGUGCAAACUGAGCCGUUGCAUGAAGUGCGAAAUGAUCUUUUACUGCAGCGAGGAGCACAGAUUGUUGGACCAGAAAGAACAUAUAGAGAUCUGCCAGGCUAUAGAAAAUGUUAUUAAGCAACGAAACAUAUGGAACAGUCGUAACAUGGGGCUGACACAAUGGGCUCAAUUUAGAUUGUUGAAUAUGAAUGCUUUGCAAUCUAUGGUACAACGUACAUUGAAGAUAUAUGAAAAGGAAAUAUUCUUAAAUCCAAAAUCAUGUUAUAUUUGCCGCGAACAGCAAAAUCUAGUGGAAAUUUGUCACGAAUGCAAAUCUAUCAACAUGUGUCCUGAUCACAUAUCCGUUCGUAACAAUCAUGACUGUCAAAUGCGACGACGUUUGCUUGCAAUAAAUAUGUUUGUAGCCGCUACGGAUGAGGAUGAACGAAUUCCGGAAAAGCUUCUUUAUUUCAAAGAAAAUAUUAAUGACAUGAAAUCAUUUAUUGCAGAAAGUUUAAAUCAUUCAGGUAUUUGGCCACUUGAAUUUUACAUAUAUAGUGAAUACUUCUCAAGGCCGUUGACGCUGUUUUAUGGGAUGAAGCAAAUUUGCAAAUUUCCAAAUUUAUCAAAACUUCCGAUGCAUGACACAUUUGUCAUUCAUAUUAUAGAUGAACAUUUCAAGGAGUUUUUAUUUAUCGAUAUCCAGUUAGUACAUUAUUUAAAGAGAAUGCAGUUGAAUACUUUAUCAGCUUGGGAAAUCAUUUUACACAAAUUUCCUUACAUCAAAAAUCUGAUAAUUAUAAUGAUAAAACCAGGAUUAUUUGAUAAUGCUGUAAACAUAAAGCUUUGUGAUGUUUGUAGACGUAAACAAAAAAGUUUAUGUUAUAGAUAUAUUUCUAAAGAGUAUCAUGAAUAUACAAAGAGUCCAGGUUAUAUGAAACCAAAUGUGAUUAUAAGAUAUGAUGGAGAACUAAAGAUUAACCAGAAAACGAUAUUAAAUUUACGAGCAAUGCAGCGUGAAUACUGCCCUCUACUUUUAGCUUCUUCGUCAGAAAUCAUGACACAAGAUAACAUACUUAAUAUACAGGAAAUGUUAGACUUACAAUUAACACCUAUUUUUAAUAAUAAAAAUAAAUUCAAAACUUAUAGACCAGUCAAAGAUUAUAUAAAUGAUUCUGUGUUCGUUCCUCAACAGUAUUUAAUUGUCUAUAAAAACCUAUAUUCAUCGAACUAAAGGCAAUAAUGAUAAAUGAUAAUUAUAUCGUUACUCUGGUGGUAUAACUGUAAAUAUACAAGACACAAUGCUUGAAUAAAUAGAUUUUCUAGAUUUUUUAAUUUUAAUUUUUUAAAGUUGAUUUCAAAGACAUUUUGUUUAAUUUUAUUGUUUUCUCCUUGUUCUUUUUUGAUGUACUAAAUGUACUAUAUAUUAAAGUACUAAAUAAAUAUGCUGGCUGCAUUUUUAAUAUGUAAUAUGUUUUUCAAGCUUAGGUUUUCCAACCUGAGCUAGUAGUAUUUCUUGCUUAAAUCGCUACUUUGGAAAAUUUAUUCUGUGUAAUUAUAUUCUGUGUAAUUAUUCUGUUUAAUUGUAUACUGUGAAAAAUACAUUCCUUUCAUAUAUAUAUUGUGUAUUCCAUAACUCUUUAUUAAAGUAUGUUAAAGGAGCAUUAUA